AACAGGAUAGAGAGUAGUUUGUUAUCAGUGGUUGUCCAGGUAAGAAUGGGUUUAAUCGUUUCCUGAGUAUACUUCUUGCUAGGAGAUCGUUCAGUAGUGGUAACUCAACACCAACAUGACCUCGUCUGGCAAUCGGCAGUGUGGUAAAUUAUUGCUAGGCCAGCUUGGAAGAAAUGUGGACGUCUUGUCAAGAGACCACAAAGACAAUAUGGAUUUACGUUGGGAUGUCGUGGGUGAUGUCUAUCAGAAUUUUUAUCAAGCCGAUUAUGAAAAAUUAAGUUCCGGUAGGAAUAGUGUUACUCAGUUUAAUGAUUCUCCUGACAAUGGAUCUGGCGAAGAGCAACGAAUUACAAAAUUAAAAAGGCUAUCCAUUGACAAAAAAUUAAGACUUUCUCCAUUAGUUUCAAAUGGAUCACAGAUGUCACCAUUUACCAAAGGCGAAAAGUCAUUUAAAUUCAAAGGAAGAAUUAACCGCGGUGAUUCCGACGAUGCUCAUGGAACUACAAGGAAGUCCUCUAAGACAGAUGUGUCGGAUUUCAUGGAUUCGCGAGGAACUCAAAAUAAGGCACCCCUCCAAUCCCAUGCGACUGCUCGUUUACCGUUCACGCCAAUGUUACGAUCCAAUAGUAAAAGAAACCUACCACCAAUCAAAUCUAAACAUUUACCCAAGAGGCAGAUAAGCAGAGAAGACAUGUUGUUACGUAAGCAGAAAUCUGUUCGUCGCUUCCAAGUUACCGACGAUGUGCCAUUGAUGGAGGCACCGGAAUUGACUCGACGUGAUGAUAUUUCGCCUAUUAAUAGAUUUAGACGAGCAGUUAGGACUGUGAUGAUUCUCACCAAAGCCAUCAUGUCAAACAGGGAAAGUUCCAAGCGAACUGAAAGGAAGUUACUAUCUUGGACCCAAGUUCAUGAUGACCUCACAUCCUUACGUCGAGGUUACGAACGAUUUGGUUUGACCUUUGACCCAGCUUUCUUUAAGGUCAACAGGGAGGUACAUGUUAGCCCAGAAGCUAAAACUACCCUAAUGCUCCCACCAUGUUAUCGAACAGAAGAACAGCGUCGUGUUGCUCUCCUGUCUCUUAACACAGCUGUAGAAGUAUUCAGUGAAUUUCCUGUCAAGAUGCAGAAAUCAAUCGUUAAAGUUGGUUGGUAUGAAUUUUUUGAAUCCAAAAGAGUGAUAAUAAGACAAGGACACCUAGCUGACAAUUUUUACCUGAUAUUGGCAGGAACAGCUAUAGUAACAGUAUUAGAUAGAGAUGUUAAAACUGGUGAUGUCUAUUCUAGAACUGUCGCUCUACUAAAGAAAGGGAACAGCUUCGGUGAGAUUGGAUUAAUGAGAGGAUCUAGAAGAAGUGCUACUGUGACGUGUCGUGAUGAUAUGGAAGUAUUAGCUGUGGGAAGACAGGACUUUAUAGACAUCUUCAUGCAUAUAGAACACAACAAGGAACCAAACCAUAUCCAAUUUCUGAGAACUAUUGAUGAAUUCCACGGAUGGCCAAUACAACAAUUACCAUAUGAUAAUCCUAAAGUCUGUCUGUUUACUUACUUCCGGCGUGGUGUUUUGUUAUGCAAAGAUAGCAACAAAAGCGACUGGAUAUUUGUAGUCAAAACCGGAAGUUGUCGUGUACUCAAGUCACUUAAAUCUACGAAGCCAAAUUUACCUCCAUUAGAUCUUGGCAGCUAUAUAUGUAGUCUCGAUCUAAGCAAAAGUUUACCUCCCCUGAAAGCAUUAAAUUGUAACAGUUUAACAUCUUCUAUAAGGAACGGUAGCUGGUCAAAACAACAGUUUAACCUCCAGUACAACUCUAACAAGUUAAAGGGAAAUAACUCGCUAGACAUCCUUAAUCGAGGUCCAACAGAACUUGAAAACCACGCAGAAGAACAUUUAAGGGAAUUAGAUAUUUUAUUAAAUCGAAAAGAAGAGGACAGUUUUAACAAACUUCACGAUUUUCCUCCCGAUCACCAAGAUAAGAUGGUGUUUGUAGAAAUUCAGAAAUUGGGAGCCCGAGAUACCUAUGGUUUGGAAUCGGUGUUGUUUGGUAUGAUGAGAAAGACUACGAGUACAAGCCUGGUAUCAGAAGGUACAGAAUGUAUACUUAUCAACCGCAAGUUCUUUCUACAGCAUCUUUCUGAAGAUGUGGCCAAAAUAAUUAGAACAAAGAUCCGUCCAUUACCAACGGAUCACGUUCUUCAACAGAAACUACAGACAAAAACCAACUGGGAAGCUUAUAAAGCACUGACAGUAGCCGACCAUAUAAUAUACAAACAACAAGUUCAACAAAGUCUAGGAUACGGUUAAAGCACUGACAGAUCAUAUAAUAUACGAAAAAAAGGGUUCAACAAAGUCUAGGAUACAGUUAAAGCAUUGACAGUAGCCGAUCAUAUAAUUACAAACAACAAGUUCAACAAAGUCUAGGAUAUGGUUAAAACACUGACAGUAGCGAACCAUAUAAUAUACAAACAACAAGUUCGAAAAAGUCUAGGAUACGGUUAAAGCACCGGCAGAAGCAGACCAUAUAAUAUACGAAAACAGAUUUAACAUAGAAAUUUAAUCCGGACGGCGGCGCUACUGUCUACUUGUAUAUUAAUGCCCAACUGUCAAGGGUUAUGUUACGUCCACGCCAAUGUGUACACGGGACCUCGGUUUUUCGUCCCAACCGAACCACUAUUGUUUGUCCACUGAGAGGCCCUCCGUUCCACACCACUGACAAGGUGUUCAUCGUCACUUCAAUAUUAUGAAAGUUUAAUUAUUUAAAAGGAAUAAAAGACCGAGAAUGAUUCAAUUCUUCUAAGUAUUAUCAAAGAUAUGAUAAAUUGAGAAUUCCUCAACAUUCCGCAUCCAAGUCAUUAGUCAGAUUAUAUCCAGUCGAGAGAUUUUUAAAUUAAAUGUUAAAGAUGCAUUAUGUAAGAAUUAAAUAAAAUAUUUGUUGUUGUU